GGCUCGGCAAUUUCGCGUAUGAGGGAUCAGAAUCGCCUCCUCCUAAGGCCCACAUCGGCUUCUGCAUUGCCUACGCCUCCUGCCGUGAGCAGCUCACCAGGACGCUGCGGGCUCUCUUGCCUGAGGACGAGGAGGAGCUGAAGAAGUGGACCGUUUGCAGCACCGGACACUCACUGGGCGGCUCUCUCAGCACCUUGUUUGCGGUCGACGUGGCAGUUCGAAUCCCCGAGCUGCAGGUCAUCAUGUACAACUUCGGGGCCCCCAAGGUUGGGGACGACGAGUUCGUCCGCCGGUACAACGACCUAGUGCCCAACUCGUUCAGGGUCGUCAACGAUGCUGACGUCAUCGUCCGUCUGCCGAGGAACAAGGGGGUCGGCAGCAUCCCCGGGGCCACCAACUACUAUCAUAUCGGACGUACAGUUCUGCUCUCCCCUGAUGCCCCAGUGUGGGUGGAAGGAGAAAGUGCUGGUGACGAUCCUCUAAGCGAGCGGUGGGAGAGCUUGUCGGAUCUUCUGGAGGCAGAGGUCAACCUGAUGCAGACGUUGGUGGAGGGACGAGGUUUCGUCCAGCAUGUCGAGAACGGAUACUAUGAGGCGAUGCUCAGCAUGCUACAGAGGACUCGACCCACCGGCAUGACGCUGACGGAGGGAGAGAGGAGCGACAUGACGCUGACGGAGGGCGAGAGGAGCGUGAGAGGAGCGACUUGAAAAAUGAAACUUCAUAGAUGC